AUGGACAAUCAACCAAUUGUAGUUGAUCCUUUAACACAAAUUGAUGAACAAACACUUCAACGAGCAUUAAUGCGUUGGCUUCUAUUUAUUUCAUUCAAAAGAGCAUUUGAAAAUUUUAAACAAUUUACUCAACAACCAACAUUUUUGGGGUCAAUUUUACUUUUAUUUUUGUUUAGCCCUUCUGCUAUUGUUUUCCAUUUAUUUUUUAAUGUUAUUGGGCUUGGAUUUCGUGAUACUAUUGUUUGUUCAUUGUGCACUCCAUUCGUUCUACUUAUUAUUUUAUUUGUUGUUUAUCUUCAAUUUUCUGAGUCUCUCAGGCACUUUUUCUUCAUUCGGAUGAUUAAUUUUACAUUUCCUGAGAACUAUUCAACUAUAGCAACCAACAAAAGUUUGGAUUUUGCUUCCCCUUUGGUGGUUGUUUAUGCAUUGAAGUCUAAAGAUCCGAUGAUUAGACUUUAUGGUCUGAAACAACUUCAGAGGACUUGUUGUGGAACUCCAAUGCAAAGGAUACCGCUUUAUUCCUUAAGCCAGCCAGGUGAACAUCCACGUAAUUGGCUUGCACUUCGUGAAGUUUCAGUUCAACUUAUUCAAGAUGUUAUUUACCAUUUACAACAACAAACUAAAUUUCAUUGUGUUGGCGUUGGAGGAAGAAAAGCAGCCAUUGCUGAAUUUAUUGAAAAGGAUGGUUCUUUUUCGGCUACUCCAACAGAGAAUGUUUCGCCAACAAUUGUUUUGAAUGAGCUUUAUGAGGGAAGGAGGUCUUUAUUUAUGCCACCAGCAUUGAAACCUAGAUCAGCAGAACAAUUCCAAGCAGAACUCCAACCACGCAAAGUCAUUCGCUUACCAUUUUUUGUUGAAGCUUUGUUGUUAAAAGCAAGUCGACUUUUCUUUUUUCUUUUCCACUCACCAAUUUUGGGAGCUUAUGAGACACUUUGUGCACUUUUGGCUAUUAAAGUUUUGUCACGUACAAUAAUUCAUUCGAUAGAAGAGGAUCGUUUUGGAGUUGUUCAAAAAGAUUUAAAAUUGUGUAUAUCAAAAUUGACACGUUUAUCCAUUGCUAUUGAUGCUUAUGUUAGAGCUAGAGGAAGAAGUGCUACGCCUAGCAAUAUAAAUCAAUUUAAUGUGCAUCUUUUGGAUGUGGAAUUGGCUUCAGCACUUAAGGACAUUAGAACAGUUUUUGCGCCAUAUAUUGAUGAUCUGAAUCUUCACCCAACAGAAGCGGAAGUUUUUCGAAUGCUCGUCUAAAUUUGAUGAAAAAAGGAAUAUUUUUGUCGCCUUUUCGAUCUCUUCAAA